GAAGUAAUGUAGAAUUUGAGUCCAAGUGGGAAUGCUUGUGGUAUUCUAACAAACUGUGAAACCAGAGUAUGCAAGACUAGAUGGCUGUAAUGUUAUUUGCCAUGCUCAAUGGAUUUUUGAUAUGUGAAUUACAGCCUGUGUAAAUUCAUCUGUUUAAAAAUUAUGUUUCAUAAAAAGAAACCCUGAGGCUGUAGUCUUCUUUCAGAUUGCUGUGCUUGUGUUUAGGAUAAGCCUAUGUAAACCAAAGGCAUAUAUGCAGGCUUUUUGAGAUAAGAAUCUACAUUCCAGCAACAAGUAAUUAUACAAUAAACAAUUAACUGCUCUAAUAAAUACAGUGUUUUUAUUGAAAGGCAGACUCAUUUUUGAGGUUGCGGUUGCACUAACUAUGAGCUGGGCGUUGUUUAAAGAAUAAAAUAAAAAGUCAUCAUAUACUUUGAUUAUUCUCGUGAUAGAGGUAAGGAGGAAGUUUAUUCAAGUAGGUUUACUGGAACGUAGAGAUUCUUGUAGGUAACAAGUUUUCUGAGGUGUAGUUGUAGAGGUUAUUUUGUGUUCACUCUGAACUGAGAUUCGGCAGUUCUCUAAAAUACAUAUACUGCUGUGAAAGUCAGCACGUGCAAUUGAUAAAGCGCAAUAGCUGAGGCUUCUCGUUCACUUUUAAAGAAUUUUUCAUUCCUCAUGCUCAUGCCUUAGCCUGGCAUCUGGAGCAUAUGAGCACUCCUAUCCUCUGAGCGGAUGAGAUGGAAGAUGUGUCUGCUGUUAGUGCAGCUCAGGCUGGAAGCUAAGCUCAAAGCCUAAGAUGUCGUGUCCGUUAUAGACAGGCUUCUGCUGUUAAAAUGUGUAGAGGUCACGGUACUGUUUCAGGCGUAUCAGAUCUCUGCUGCCUACUCUUGUCAUCUCAAUGAAAUGAAGUAAAUCCAGUAGUGUUGCCAAUUUUUAUAUUAUGUGGUGACUUCCAUGAAAGUUUCCCAUGAUGUCACGAUUCCUGGCAUCGAAUGUUCCAAUUUUCCCUUGUGCAGAGUGACUGCCCCCUCAUCCCAGGGGAUGCGGAGGGUGAGUGAAGUCCCUCACAGCUAACUGCAGGGAGAGCUGUGGGUUUAGUUGUUCGCGUCUUUUGGCAUCUGGUUACAGCUGCGUUUUGAACAGAAGCAAUCUCAUAUGAACACUGAAGUAAGUAUCAGCCACCUGUAAGCUUAGCAUCAAAAGGCAAAUUACGCUGGCUUACGUUUUCUCCCUUUGAAAGUGCCACACAGAGCUUGAAAGUGUUGGGAUUUUGUUUUGCUUUCUGCUCUUUUUUUUGGUCUUUUUAGUUGGAAAUCAUUAGCGCUUCUGGCCAGGUCCUAAUGUUGCUCGAUAUUUAGUUUGCAUUUCUUUAUUUCCCGCAUUACUGCUUUUGUACCAGCUUAGACACUCUAUUUUGUGCUUGCUUCCAGAUAAGCCUGAUCAAAACAUGUUAAUUUAGAUGCCUAAUUCCCAAACUUUAAAAACUGUAGAUCGUUCACUUGUUUGUCACUUGCCAGCGCUCUCGUUGUCAAUUUUGAUAGUGUCGUAGUUGUACCCUGUCUCUAUAGCUGCAUGGUUUUGUUCAUAAUGUUUAAUUUCUUCCUUAGCUUAAGCUAUGGAGGAGGACAUCCAUCACAUUCAGAAACAGAUCUUCACAGACAGACAUACACAGCUUCUCAUCAGCUUCCUGGAUACUCUACUACACACCAUCCUACUGGUCUUUCAGGAAUUUUUGAUACCGGUAUGCACACCUCUGGAAGUAACACUAAGGAAACUUCAGUUAUGAAUUUUCUCUCUGCAAUUGAGUCUCGCACCGCUCAGGCAGUCUCUUCAGGAUCUACACUUUUGCCACAAUUCAGGGCUCCUUCCUGGCAGACAGGUAUGCAUUCCUCAGCAGCCACAGAACUAUUCGUUACUGGAGCGUUGCCAGCCUCUGGAACAUUUCCACCGACAUCUGCUUUAUCGGCAUAUCAGCAUCCCAACACAUUCAGCAGUAGAAACUUUGCUACUACUCCUUCUCUUACUCUUCAAGAUACUACUUUCAGUGCUACAUCAAAUGGCCUCUUAACUACCCAUGACCCUUUAUUACAGAUUAAAACAUCACAAGGCACUGUUCCAGCUGCUUUGACUUUUGAGCGGCUAGGCAGUUCUGUUUUAAGUACCAGUAUACCACCUCAGUCAUCAACAUAUCGUUCUGCUCAAGAAUCUGCACCCCAUCUUUUGCAACCUCAGUUUAGUUUGUUGCCUUCAACCAUUGGAGGAGCUCAGCAGGUUUCUCAGGCAUAUAGCACGUCUGUCUUUACUGGUUCCACUGCUUCUAUCGAUAGAGCACUUCAGCGAGAAUGUAGUGUUAUUAAACACCAUCAGCGGCCUUCAAGUACUCAGUCUGUUCAGGCUCAAUUGACUGUUUCACAGCAUUCCUUACACAGCUAUUUAACGAGUACAAGUGGAGUUAAUUUUCAGGAUACAUGUAGGCACUCAGCAUUAUCCUGCAGUCCAGUUGGAGAUGUUACUCAGGUGAGCAACGGAGGACCACAGCAGAAGACUUCUCAAGUCACAGUGGAACUUGCUCAGUCUUAUACAUCUGCAAUUCCAUCACCUGGCUUUCCACCUGCUUCCACAGCAAAAGUGAAAAACUGUUCCACGAAACAGCCUCCAAGGUCAACGAAGACCCCCAAACCUCAGAGCAUAGCUCCCACUGUGCAGACACAAAGCUAUGCCAAAACUGCACAAAACCAGAGUUCUGUCAUUACAGGCCAAGCACAGAUCUAUUCUACAGCACAGCUCCCGAGCCUGUUGUCAGUCAGCCAGUCCCAAAAUUAUAUUUCUUCCCAGGCUCAGAAUGUGCCACCUGUCAGUCACUCACAGGAUUUCUCAUCCAGCAAAGUUGAGAAGCUGCCCACGUUGUACAAAACGUUGACUUUUUCUGGGCAGUCACAAACUAUUACUUCUGAUAGUCAAACUCUAAGUUACUCCUCAGACGAACAAGUUCUGACUUCAGUUCCAAAUGAGAACUACUCUCCGCAGACGAGGGAACUUUCUUCGGUCAGCCAAUCUCAGAGUUACUCUUCUAGUCACUCUCAGGGUUUAUCUCCAGUUAGCCAAUCCCAAGUUAGCUUUUCAUCUCAGUCGCAAGUUUUAUCAGCUGUCAGUCCUUCAGAAAGCUAUUCUUCAGGGCAGUCUUUAACAUUAACAUCACCUUCUCUUCCCUUUUCUGCCUCUCCUCGGAUACAGACUCUUCCAGCCUCGAGUCCUAAUCAGAGCUAUAUUUCUUUGCAUUCUUCUCAGAACGCUCAGUCACAAGAAUCCUCCUCACCGCAGUCUCAAAAGUUUCUGCCGUCUGUCCAGUCUCCUCCUUUUGCAUCCCCAGCUCAUUCACAGGCACUGCAGAACAACAGGCCUUCCUCAGAAACAAAAACAUAUGUAAAAAGGAAAUCAGACUCUAACUUGUAUGCAUCAUCAAAACAAGAAGAAGAGUUGUCAAUGCAGGAUAUGCAGGCUUUGCAACGGCAAGCGUCUCUUGAAUCUUCCACCCAAAGGCUAACCGAUGGGGAGAUCGGUGCUCAGGAUGCAUCCUAUCGGGUCUCAAAAGCAGAUGACAGAUACUCUCAAAGCGUAAUCAGAAGUAACUCUCGUCUUGAAGAUCAAGUUGUUGGACUUACCCUUCAAGGAACAAAAAAAGACGAGAGAAUGGCUAAUACUGUGGAACAGCUUUCCCAACACAUUGGCCAUAUCACUAAUUUAAGCCAUGAUAUGAAAAAAACAGCUAAUUUAAUGCAAUCAACACAAGUAAAUGUGAGUUCUAAAGAACUAAACCAGCAACAUUCUCUUAUGCAUAAGGUACAUGAAAGUAAAGCUUCAGAGCAGCAAGGCCAAGUCAUUAGUACGACUCCGCAGGUGCAGCCUCAUGCUUUAAGGCACGGUCAUCAUCUGUGUUUGCCUGGUGCACAGGUGCUUCUGGAGUCAACCUGUGACUUGCAGAUUCUGCAUCAGUCCAUACUGCAGUCAGGUUUAGGACAAGCGAAGGCAUCGCCACAAGUGCAAAGAAUACAGAGUCCUCAACAGGUGACACACCCGUUCCUUCAGAUGGAUGGCCAUAUUAUUCAAAGCAAUGGAGGUCAUUCUCAGCAACAGCUUCAUACUCAAAAUUCGGAAGUAAUGAAAAUGGACAUUUCCGAGCCCUCAAAACCACUACAGCAACAUUUGACAACAAAAGAUCAUUUUACUCAGACAAGUCAACAUGAUUCAAAAAAUCCGUUUGUUUCUCUUAGUUCAAUAUGUUUCCCAGAAUCUAUGCUUCUCAGCGACGAGAGGAAUAUACUGUCCAAUGUAGAUGAUAUCCUGGCAGCAACAGCGGCAGCCUGUGGAGUGACGCCGUCUGACUUUGCCAAAUCAGCAUCUAACGAUGAGGAAAUCCAGCCUGUUGAAAACAGUGAGGAGUCUAAAACACAGUUCCGAUCAAUGGAUGUAAGACAUGUAUCUUCUGGUUUCAAUGCCUCGCCUGCUAUAGUUGGAAAGCCAGCAAGUAUAAAUAAUAUUUCUCUUAAUGGAGGCCAAAUCACUAUAAAUCUUACACCAGUGUCGGCUAUACAGACAAAAACUGUGAACCUUGAUCAUCAGCGCAUUGACACUUCUGAUCAAAGUGUACCAGCAAGAAUGACCUCUCCCACUCUUGGCCAUGGUCAAGAGGAGCAAGAACAAGGUGCUGUCCCGGUUAAGAAACAGUCUAGUAUCAGUCGUGAAUCUGAAGAAGAUAACGAUGUUUCUACUGAUGGCACGCUGAAUGCGAGAGACCUAGAUUUUGUUUCAAGCGGUAAGAGUCUAAGUGAAGAAAGUGCUGCUUCAGAGAAUGAUUUUAAUAUGAGCGGUGAUGAUGGUACAGUAGCAGGUAACCAGUCAAAGGGUCCAUUGCAAUCAUUGCCUGUGCCCCAAAGUGGAGCUGAGGAGGAAUGCCAGGAUUUAAGUCAAGGGAACCUUCAGAAGAAAAAAAGCAAAGGAAAAAGCCAAAACAAAAGCGCUGCAGAAGAAGAUAGUGCAAUUCAGAAACAGAUAAAAAGAAGUGGACAAUGUAAACGUCAAAACUCAAGAGGAAAUGACUCUUGUCUGAUGUACUCUUGUCCUGUUUCUGAAAGUUGUUACGAUACCUACCAGCAUCAGGAAAGAAUGAGGCAAAAAAUUAAAGAAGUUGAAGAAAAACAGCCUGAAGUCAAAACAGGAUUCAUUGCUUCUUUUUUAGACUUUCUCAAGUCUGGACCUAGGCAACAGUUUUCAGCUCCAGCUGUCCGAAUGCCAAACAGGACUAGGCGACCAGUCACCCAGAUAGUUCGUGGCCCUUGCCUACAGUCACCCACAAAGCCUGUGCCAGCAGCAGCGCCUGCAGCUUCUGAGGUCAUUGGAGAAAGCCCAACCAAAAAAGCCGAUGAGGAACUUAAGAAAAACUUAGAAACGUUGCCUUCAUUUUCUUCUGAUGAAGAUGAUUCUGUGGGAGGUAACCAUGAUCUUCAGAAGAGCAUCUCUACUGCAUUGUCAGCCCUGGAUGAUUCUUCUGACAGAAAGAACAAGUCAGAAGCUGAGAAAACGGCCGUCGUUUCUGCUGCCUCUGCUACUGCUGUAAUAAAGCAGGAAUUGCCGCAGAUAACGGCUCCUGUAGUCAGCCUGCAGGAGAAAAUGAGUUCAGCUGACUCCUCAAAAACAGGUCAGCAGGAUGCUGGGACUUCAGACCAAUUAGCAAAGAUCCAGGCAACUGUUGCAAUAGAAGGAGGUACUGAAGAGGAGAAUACCGACAGUGGAGGAGAGGGCAUGUACAGAGAACGUGAUGAAUUUGUAGUGAAGAUUGAAGAUAUAGAGGCGCUAAAGCUUGCUUUGCAAACAGGAAAAGAGCCUCCAGCUAUUUGGAAAGUACAGAAGGCCUUAUUGCAAAAGUUUGUUCCAGAAGUGCGAGAUGGACAGAGAGAGUUUGCUGCUACCAACAGCUAUCUUGGCUAUUUCGGGGAUGCAAAAACAAAAUACAAACGAGUGUAUGUGAAGUUCAUUGAAAAUGCAAACAAAAAGGAAUAUGUUAGAGUAUGUUCAAAAAAGCCACGAAGCAAGCCUGUGCAGUCUGCAAGGACUAUUCAUUGCAAACCUAGUAGUAGCAACAACAAAACUCCUGAUCCACCAACACCAAAACCAACAGCAACAAAGGUCCCUUCUGUGAAACCCAAAGCUAAGCAGCCAAAAGUGAAGGCUGAACCACCACCAAAGAAAAGGAAAAAGUGGAAAGAGGAGUUUUCAUCUUCCCAGUCUGAUUCUUCACCUGAGGCCCAAAGUGAUGAGGAUGAGCUUGUACCUCCAGCUCCAUUUGUUACUCGCUUUCUGAACACAAGAGCUAUGAAAGAGACCUUCAAGAGCUAUAUGGAGUUGCUUGUUAGCAUUGCCUUGGAUCCAGACACAAUGCAAGCCUUGGAAAAGAGCAAUGAUGAGCUACUUUUGCCUCAUAUGAGAAAAAUUGAUGGCAUGCUGAAUGACAAUAGGAAAAGGCUGCUUCCCAAAUUACGCUUGGAUAAUACUUUCAAGAGCGCUUUGGAAAUUUUUCCUGAACUAACAGUGAUCACUCGGGAUUCUAAGACAAAAAGUGGUGGAGCAUCUGUGUCUAAGAUCAAAAUGAAUGGUAAAGCUUACAACAAGAAAACACUGAGGGCUUCAAAAUCAACCACUAAAUUAGCACAGGAGUUUACAGUAGAUCCAGAAAAAAUACAGUUGUAUUCUUUGUAUCACUCACUCCAUCAUUACAAAUAUCACAUAUAUCUGACAUGUAAAGAAGAGAUUUCUUCUGUUCAGAAGAAGAGCGCAGAUCUAGGACAGGAAGAGAUUGUGCAGCUGUGCAUGAAAAAUAUGAAAUGGGUGGAGGAUCUUUUUGAAAAGUUUGGUGAACUUUUGAAUCGUGUCCAGCAGAAAUGCUCAUAACAAAAAUGUAUUCCAAAUCUCACAUUUUUCUACGGCACUAAUCUGAUGGAACAGAAAGCUCAGAGAGAGGCUCUGAUUUCUUUCACAAAGCCAGGCUGCGUUCUUGUUCAUAGGCAGUUUUAUUUCUCUUUAUGGAACUUUGUGCCUUGGCUCUUGCUAAGGAAAAGCGAUGCUGCCAAGGAAAUCAGCCCUUUGGAGAUGGAACUAAACGUAAACCUAACCACAUUUUUAACCUGAAGAAUUUUUUUUUCUGUUUUGUGAACUAUUGGAUAACUUAGUUUUAUUUUCAGAAAUGUUUUUGACAAGUGAUAAAGCAUGCACUACAUAUACUUUUUUCUUUAUUGCUAAAAAGAUAUCAACACUUAAAAUACUACAGAUUUUUCCAUCUCUGACUAAGCAACAGAAAAGUCAGCGUUGGGGUACACGUGUCUGGCUACCAAAUUGAGUUUUGUACAUUUUGUGAACAGAGCCGGAGUGACAUCAGUUUCUGCGAACAUAUAUUGCCAUCACAAAAUCCAGAAAUGUCAUGAUGCUUUAUGGACUCCUUUUCUAUUGUCAUGUUCAGGAGACUGAACGUGGAGUUGGUGCAAUCCUAUGACUGCUUUUUUUGUGUGUCAAAUUAUAUUGUAAUGAAAGACAAUGACCUUAACUAUUUUCCCUGUUUUGAAGAAAAAAAAUAUUUUCCUUUAUACUGCGUUUUUUUUUUUCUUUUGGAAGAAAAAAUUCAAUUGUACAUUUUAUCUCACUAAUAGUUGUAUUUUUCACAGAGAAAAUAUUGUGGUUAAAAUUGUUUCAUGUAUCUUUGUAAUACUUUCCAUUGUUUUCAGUAAAUCCCAUUCAUUUAUAUGUUGAUUUCAUAUUGUAAACUAUAUAUCUCGAGGUAACCCUUUUGUUUAUACAGGUUUGCUUCAGUGUUAACCAGAAUAAUGCAUACUAGACUAGUUUUGCUUUAAGUGUAGUUGUGUUAGACACUGCAAGUAUUUUCUGAUACGUGGAAAUAAAUUUCUUACUAAACUAGCACUUGAUUAACUGAGAGUUGAAAUGAGGAACUACUAUAUCUUUGUCAACAAAGAUUGCUGAUUGAAUGGACUAUAUGCAGUGUUAAACACAGCUUACCUAGUUGUUUGUAGAACUGGCAGUUGCAGAGCUGUUCUCUUUUUGGUGCCUUUCAAGUCUUCAGACGUUUUCUUGUAGCUUUUCUUGUCCCUCCAGUUCAACAGUAGUGCCACUAGUCACACUCAGACAAUGAAUGUAAUGGGCUCUAAUCAGGAGAACAUUUUCUUUAAAUUUGCCAACAGAAUGCCUUACUGAGUCAUUCAGAAUGGAUAUUUACUGGGGUCCUAAAAAAAAAAAAAAAAAAAAAGUCAUGUUGUUCUUUUCCAGAUAACAUAGGAAAAAAGAAUAAUUCCUUUGUCCUUUAACUGCCACUUAGUGCCUUAAUUUCAGCCAAGAAAGCAGGGUUCACUAUUCAUUGGCCAAAUGAAAUAAUGUUCAUUGCCAUGUGACCUUUUUUCCUGAUGUCUGUUUUUAUCCUGUUUAGUUGUUAAAUAUUCAUUAGACCUUAGAACUAUAAAGAGUUUAAUGAAUAGAUGUAAAAAUGCAAUUAUUUGAUCUUGAGUAAUCAAAUAGGUUUGAAUAUUAAAGUAUGUACAGAAUUUUAGCUGAUUAGUUUUAGAACCGUAUAGGAUGUUUACCGUAUUUCCAAAGCUAUUCAUCUUUUAAAAGCAAUAAUUCUCCUUUAAAACUUGUAUGCAGACUACAGUGAACAGAGAUGGGUAUGUACCUCUGCCUUUUUUAAAGCCUCGUCAUAAUGCUUUUGCUUUAAGAACGGAGGUCGCUAUCGAGUUACUAGAUGUGUUAUGCUACUGUGAUGUCUACUAUAAUCAAGGAGAGUGAAAUGGGCUUUUAUUUAGGAAGAAUGUGCAGAAUGUCAGAGCAAUUGUGAAGCUAAUUCAUUUUUAUAGUGUAAAGAAGGGUAGACACAAGGGUUGAAGGGUUGCGGUUGUGUCAGUCAUGCUGUGUUGAACCUAGUAGGAGCUAAAGUUUGUGGUUAAUACAUGAAGCAGAGCUGCCAGCAUCAGUAGUGAUCAGCUGAAAAUCAGUUUACUGUAAAUAUGCAAACUGGAGACAUAGAAGCAUUGUGCCUCCUGUACUAUUUAAUCUAUAGUAGGAGUUCCCAAAUUUAUUUAGGGUAUUCCCUUAUUGGCAGGGAUGAUUGGCAGCAGUAGUUCCUGGCUGCAUAGAUACAAGAGGGAUAUUUAAUUGCACAAAUGGAGUUCUCUUGUCUCCUUUUGGUGAAACAACAUAGUUUAGGGUUUCCUGAGCUGUAGUUUUAAUAACGGUUAGGAUGCAGACUGGGGGAAUGGGAGUUGGCUCCUUGAUUGUAUAGUAAAGAACUCAUCAGACUUUGUGUCUCACAUCCCUCCCUCGAACAACUGAGAGCAACUAACAGAGAGAUCUUUUUGCUUUCUGAACGAUUUCUGUACCGCUACUUUACAGCUCCUCUAGAGUUUUGAAUCUAGAAGUAGGUUUAGGAAGCAGUUUGUCUUCAUCCAAGUCCUUAGAAACCGAGGAAAAAAGAGAUGCAAGAGUUUUGGAGUAGUUUGUCCCUAUUUAACAAGAAGGUGAAUUCUAGUGAUAACCAUCUAGAUAAGUAAAUGAAAAUGGCCAGGAUGCUCUGCACUGCUGGGGAGGGUGACCUGGCUUAUUUUUGGCUGUAUUAUUCCCCAGGCCAGUUAAACAAGCACUGUGCCUGUAGAGACAGAAAGAACUUGUCCGUAACUGCCCCAGACUACUGCAGAUGUAAUAGAGCUUCUGUCUUUGUCGUGGGCUACAAAAAUGGUGGCUGGAUUUAUUAGUUUACCAUUGAGGAUGAUUAAAAGCAUGGAACUCUCAAGUGUGUGAAGGAUCAUAAACAAGAAUAGAGUUUUGUUAGUGGGAUUGAAAAGGUUUUUUUUAUACUGAAGCAAACUUAGAAAAAAUGUCAAUGUACAGAUUAUUUUUCUUGCACAAAUACUUUGUUUUGUUGCGUUUUAGAUAAGUCUGCACCCACACCUCAAUCUUCUGUCUCUUUCUUGAAGCAACAGAGAUGUCCUUAUCUUUUAACAUCUAACAGUGGAAAUUGAGCGCUCACGUCUGCAAGAGAAGAUGCACUAGGAAGGAAGAAAACCCUCUUUAGACUAUGAAUUAGCAAAGCAGAAAGUAAACUAAUUGUGUGAUGAAUUAUUAUUUUUUAAUUCCACUGUCAAUUCCUUUAGUAUGGCAUCCCUGUUUACAUUGGGUUUGUUUUUUAUUGAAAUACAGUAUUUCUCUUGAAGGCAGGUUUUCUUUGAGAUGCUACUUCCAAAGUUUUGCUAACUAAACAUCGGAGACAAAAUUGGAUUGAAAAACUGUUUCUGAAAAUGGCUAAGGACUUCGGGAUCUUCAGAGUUCUGUGACGUGUAUCGUAUUCAUAUGUUGUCUAAAUGAAAUACUACUUUUUAAAAAGGCAAAUCGUACAGGCUGUCUUCCAAGUAAAUGAUUUCCGUAAGGGAAAUAUAUUUUAAAUAUUAUUUAAAUAUUUACUACUAUUUAAAACAAUUUUAAAACAGAAAAGCUAAAACUAUGGUCACAAAAUGUCAGUGUGUCAUUGGUCGUUUCAUUUCUCAUUGCUAACACGUGACAUUUGGUCUCAUACUCUAUUACACACGCGUGCAUUGCAGUGUGCACGUUCUGUCAUAUCGUAUUGUUUAAGCUAAUACUAACAUGUCAUUGUUAACAAAUGCAUGUUUUCUGCAUAUCUCCUCUACGUAUGGCAAAAAAAAAAAAAAA